UGUACCACUUCCACAACGAAGACGAAAGUUAACCAAUCUGUGGAGAGAGCGAAUUACUUGUGGACAGUCUCUGUCUCAAUCGCCAUAGGCAGAGAAGAGCUUCAACAGAACUACAUCGUUUUCCGGAAAACCAUAGGACUCCCUUGAAUUUUCUCUAUUGCAUUUGCUUGCCCUUGAUUCUCUGAUUGGUCACAAUCAGCUAAGUGAAAUGGGAAGCAAGGGUCGGAUACUACCCCCUCAUUUAAGGCGCCCUCUGCCAGGCCCUGGCAUUAUGCAUCCUGAUCCAUUUGGUUCUCGAAUACAUCCUCCACCACAUGCUUUUUCUCCUUUUGAUAUGUUACCUCCACCAGAAGUUAUGGAACAGAAGCUUGCUGCACAACAUUUGGAGAUUGAAAAGCUUGCUGUGGAGAACCAGAGACUUGCUGCCACCCAUGGAACCUUAAGACAAGAACUUGCUGCUGCACAGCAUGAGAAACAGAUAUUGCAUGCUCAAAUAGAAGGUAUUAAGUCUGAGAGGGAGCAGCAGAUGAAGAGCCUUAUGGAUAAGAUUGCCAAGAUGGAAUCUGAGUUGCAAUCAGCUGAGCCCGUUAAGUUGGAGUUGCAGAAGGCACGAUCUGAGGUUGAGAACUUGGUCGUCAUAAGACAGGAACUUAUGUCCAAAGUACUUCAAUUGAGUCAGGAUCUUCAGAGGGCCCAUGCAGAUGUGCAGCAUAUUCCUGCUUUAAUGUCGGAACUUGAGAGCCUUAGACAGGAAUAUCACCAUUGCAGGAUGAGUUAUGACUACGAAAAGAAGUUGUACAAUGACCAUCUUGAGUCACUUCAGGUGAUGGAAAAGAACUAUAUUACAAUGGCUAGGGAAGUGGAAAAGCUCCGAGCAGAGCUGACAAUUACAGCUCAUGUCGAUCAUAGGACUGGUGGACCUUAUGGUAGCACCGCUGCUUUCAAUGAGACUCAGACUUCUGGGAAUCCUGUUGGACAAAAUUCAUAUGAAGAUGGGUAUGGUGUUACGCAGGGACAGGCUCCUCCCUCUGCUGUUUCUGGUUCUAGUGCUGGUGCUGGUGUUGCAGGUGGUGCUGCUGGUGUCAAUGCUGGUGCAGGCACAACUGCUUAUAUUGGAGCUCAAUCUGGGUCUUUUCCCUCAUGGCCUGGUCACGAUGCAUCUAAAGGAACUGGUUUCAAUGCAUCAAAAGGAUCUGACUACGAUGCACAAAGGGCACCCAGUUAUGAUGCUCAGAGAGGGCAUGGUUAUGAUAUGCAGAAAGGUUCUGGCUAUGAUCCUCCAAGAGGACCUGGUUAUGACACACAGAGAGGACCUAGUUAUGAUGCACAGAGAGGACCAGGUUACGAUGUCCAAGCAACUGGCUAUGAUGCAUCCAGGGGUGCUACUGGGUCUCAAAUACAGAUUGCCCCAGCAAACAAUGUGCCUUAUGGGUCUGCUACACCCCCAGCUCCGGCUGGAAGUGUAUACGCAGCACAUCCUCGUGGAGGGAAUCCUGGUGGCAGAUAAGCAUGGACCUGAGCACUAGCUCAAUGUAGGGGCCUUUUUGGGCGUCACUCAUUGAUUUUUUCGUUUUUCUUUGCUAGCCCUUUACAGCGGCUCUGUUCUGUAUGUCUCGCGCUAUAGAUUAUGUACUCGAGAAAGCGAGGAGCUAUCUCCUCCCGUCACCUGGCUUUUGCUUUGUUUCUUAUCACUAUUCCUUCUUUUCCUCGAUAUAUUUAAAUCCCUUGUUGGGGACCGAGUCAUGUAGCAAA